AUGUAUUGAGCCCCUGCAUGGUAACAACCUAUCACGGCUACAGUAUCUAAAGCUAUCCAAGUCCACGGGUCAAAUGCAAUUAAUAAUGGAAUAAGUUAAUUUAUUACGUCAUCAUUACAACAUCCGCAUAAAUUAUCCGUGUAAAAUGCUUUACUCGGCCCUGGGCUAAAUUAGAAUUGUGCACAUCCGUGAAUAAUUUGAUCAACCAUUAAAGCGAGCACGAUUGUGUGUUGGUAUCCGCUUGUUCCCUGGAUCUGAUUUGUUUACUUCCUCUUCUCGGCAUUGACGAUUCGCAUUUAAGGUCACGCGCUUAUUCGAGUAACAUAAAACCAGAAUACAAAGCCACCUACUAAGCCAGACAUCGAGGUGGAUCCAGCUGUACGGUGAUAAAGACGGAUAUUGCGCGCCUUACGAUCCACGUACAAUUCUAGCAUUUGUAGGCUACAUUCAUACAUGUGUAUGCAUUGCGAUUUGUUUUAACACGGAAAGUUAAGUCGUCAAAAAGAUGUGGGAUGAUGAUUCUAUAAAAUGUUUACUAGGAAUUUGGAAUUCCCCCGAUAUCUAUUCACAAUUCGAUGGCACACGAAGGAAUGGAGUUGUCUACACUGUGAUUACCGACCGCCUCAAAGAACAUGGUUUUGAACGCACCGUGGCUCAAGUACGAACUAAAAUGAAGAACAUGCGACGUGAAUAUUUUCAGAUCCGCGAGAGCAUGGCGACGAAUGGAACCGUGGAUAGGAAAACGUGGUGGCCGUACUACGACGAUAUAGAAAAGAUUGUCAAUAAAAUCAAACCUGCUGGACAAAACAUGUCCAUCUACUGUCGUCCCAAUAGCUGCAUCGAUUUUGGAGAGGACUCGGAUUUGACAAUGAACGGAGAUGAUGCAGAUGACGACGAGUCAGUGGAAGCAGCCUCAUCUGUCAUUGUGAACGGCAAUUUAUCAUCAAGUAAAGAAAAGCGAAGUGAAGGAACAGAUAUAAAUGGGCCAUCCACCACACAUACCCAUCAUAUACUGUCAGCAGAUGUCGGAGCUGUUACUAAACAUGGAUGAUGCGUACAACGACCUGGUAACCAAGCGACGCAAGUUUCAGCAGCCGAAAUAUCAUAACAUACUGGUCCACAGGGAAAACCUUCAUGAAGGGUUUCUGAGGCAUGAGAGUAGGACUUGUGUUGAGAAUGCCCAUCAUACCACAGGCAAGCUGGACUACUGCCAAGAGGAUGAGGAGGCCUGGCUAUAUUUUGGUCCAGUGAAAAAAUCUAAUGAUAAUUUAGUGACAAAUAUUACAGAGAAGGAUCGUGGCAUGGAUGUGUUCCUAUUAGCAAUCCUCUUUGCAUCUCAGCAUAAUGCUUUGGAAUCCAAGUACCAACCAAGGUUCAAGACAGAGAGAGUGAGCAAUGGUAUAGAUGGCCCUUCCUAUUCAUCACUUGAAGUCCAAGAAGCAGCGAAUCGUUGGCCGACAUUACCAAGAAGACAGCUACAAAGAGCCAUGGGCGACUAUGAAUUAAUGGAACAAGAGAGCAGAGAAUUUGUUGAUUUUCAACUUCUUUUCUGGGUGGCAAGUGAUGAUUCUUUUCAUGACAGAAGAGGAAAAAAUUUUGCUAAGAAGGUACUUGAGGUUCUCUUUUCUUGGCACAAAGAUGCUGAUAUUAAAAUGUCUACCCAAGGGGCUGACCAAAUGUUGGCUAUCCGCGGAAUUGUCGCGCCACUGCCAGCGGCCAACCAAUUAAAUGGAGCUGGCACCAUGACACACACUCAUAGGAUUAGGAACCAUCUUCCUAUUACCAUGGAAACAUCAUUACACGACGGGAAAAUGUCUGAUCUAUAUGUGUUUGACACAAAAAGGGGGAAAGUGUUGUUAUUAGGAAUUGUUUCGAAUGGCGGUGAGAGCCUGGAGACUCGGAAGAUUCAACUUAUGGAGCACAUGCUGUUGUCAUGGAGACCAUAUCAAACAAUGAUGUUUGGUGUGCUAUUUCGACCAACUUGUGUUUAUCUGGUAAUCUUUGAACUCGAUAUACAGAGCAGGGAAUUAAGGCGAUCGAUUUCACCGCCUUUAAAAUAUCAAAAAGAUGGUUUGCGUACAGUUUUUGAGAGCGUGUUAUCAUCGCUUUAGCAUGUUUGUAUACAGUACUGGAACAGAUAUCCUUGCCUCAGCUGGUUUGCGUUCAGACUUGUUUGAAGUUUAGAUUGCAAUGACUCUCAAGCUCCAUCCAGAUCAUCAAAUUUUCAUUGACAAAAAACUGUUGUAUGCCCAUAUAUAGUCAUGAUGCGCCUAUAUAUGGACAUGACGUGAUGUUUUUGUCAAAUAAAUUUUGAUAGAUUGGACAGAGGUUCAGGAUCUUUAAGAAUAUUAAACCUAGAUUCAUCAGGUGACUUUCGAACUUGAACUUUGUCAUGAAAAAGCCUGCAAACUUAUGGCAUGCUGCAACUAAAAGUAGUAUAUAGAUUUUUAUAGCACUUUUUAUACUAGAGUUUUAAAGUGCUUGAGGAGUGGACUAGCUCCUACAGCAACUUCCUUCUCCACUAAAUGUCACCUCAUGUUUGAACUACCUGGCAUUUUUAUAGUGCUUUUUAUACUGAAGUGUGGACUACCGUGUACAAUCACUUUCUUCCCACUAAGGGUCACCUUGUGUUUGAGCUACCCAGUAAACCGGUGCCACUCUCGUCUGUCCACAACAGGGGCUGUAUGGGGCAGUCCACUGGUGUAACCCCCUACUCAUCUCGGUAGAUUUAUUGGGUUAUUUACAGUGCAAAAUUAGAUGCACUUAAAUUAUACAGUAUUAUUGCUAUGUCAAAAUCAUUUAUUUAUUUUUUAUCAAUAUAAAUAAACAUUUUAUCCAAUCUGUCUGAAUUGUAAUAAUAUGUAAUUAUCGUUUCUAUAUAUUCAUGUGAGAAUUAUAAUAAUCUAAAAAAAUAAAAACUCAAAACAUUUUCAUUAUAAAUGUAUUUUAUUGAUUUAAAAUUUUGUGUCACUUGUAGAGUUAUUGAGGAAUAGCAAAAAAUUAGUUAAAUUACGUACUGUUAUCCACCAUUACUAUUAUAAUAUUCCCCAAUCCAUGAUAAAAUAUUAAUAUUAAUAAAAGAAAUAAUGAAAAAUAUCAUAGUCCCCAGCAACUUAAAAUAUACCAACUGUGAUAUAUUAUUAAAUGUCUUUACUGUCAUUGGCAGAAAA